CUCAGUCCACUCAAUCAUACAAUAAAGGAAUCCAAUCCAAUCAAUCUUUGAAGAGGCUGAUCAGCACGGUACUAGUGGAACAACAUGAAGACAAUUUCGGCUCUCUUCUCGACAUUGCUGUUCGUGGCUGUCUGGGACUUGUUUACCAGGACCUCCCAGCAAGCCGAUGCCAUUGCUGCCAAGUCAAUGAGCCCAGCAGUUUCUGGGAACCAAAGGCGCACCGAGCCAGUCGAAAAGAAACGGGAGAGGCUCUUGGAGGGAGGUCUCUGCCCAAGCUACUCAACUGACAAUGACAAAUACAAGUGGACUACAGAUGAAGGCCGCUGUGUCUAUGAAUAUUGGAAGAAGCAUUAUGCACCUUCUUCCCCGUCUGGCUUUCAAGGCACCGUUCUGGAGAUGGGUGUUGUUCAAGGCUCCAGCAAACUGGGUGAAGCCCAUUCCCACGCGAUUCAGUACGAACUUGGUUGGGACACCAUCCUGGUGGAAGCCAACCCGGAGAUGGAGCCCUUUAUCCGAGAGAAUCGCCCUGGCGCAACACUUCAUAUGACUCCAAUCUGCUCCAAACCUACCACAUUGCACUUUCGAAUCACCGACAUGGUUGGGCUCAAUGGAUUUGCUGAAUUCCACGAUGAAGAGGUGUUUCAAACCAAGCUCAAAAGCAGAAAUGGAAAAAUCGUGAAAACAAUCCCCAUGCAAUGCCAACCCAUGGCACCUUUGCUCAAGGAUGUCCCAGUCAUCGAUACGUACUUUCUGGACGUCGAGGGCGCAGAGUUGAUGGUGCUGGAGUCCAUUGACUUUUCGGAUACUUGCAUCCAAAUCUUCAAUAUCGAGGAUGGCGAUCCCUCCAGUAGCGGAGUGGGAACGUUUCUGACCAAAAAGGGGUUCAAACAUGUUGGCUGGAAUACAGAACAGUAUAACCAUGUCUGGGUGAACUCCAAGACGUGUCGCCCCUCUCACUCAGCAUAUCCUUUCACUUGGAUGGUGAGCUUUGGUUUCCUUGCGGGGCUUGUGGUGUACGCAGGAUACCUAGCCAAGACGCACCCAGGGAAGUAAUCCUACGCAAUGGUGGUAUCAAAUAGCAAUCCGUGAAGAUGACUUGAUGCAUUUUGUCUCCUCCUGCACGGAGGGGACGUAUCUCAAGGUGUGGCGCUUUCAAAGGUGCGCAGUGGUGCCUACUAGAGCCUACGUAGAAGGAGAAUAAGCUGAAGUAACAAGUAGUUUCUGUCAG